GCACACGGUGAUAACUGCCAUGGAUAUCCUGACCGGGUUGACAGCCCAUCCUCCACGAGUUUUUUCCCUUCUUUUCUUUUUUAGCCAAAAGACAAAACGCUUAAGCAGUAGCUACAGGGUUGAGACGCGGAACUAAGACUGGGGGCACAGACACCAGCUCGCGCGCACUGAGCUCCGCUCGGACUGGUUCACCCCGGCUUCCCCCGCGCCUCCGUGUGGACGAGGCGUCCCCCCAGAGGAAACACAGGGUGCCGCAGACGCCCGUCGGAGUCACUGGCCACCCGCCCUGCCUCAGGCUCCUGUUCCUCUUGGGCUCCCACUGAUCUUGCGAAUGUACGCUCCAAAGAGACCAGCGGGGUGCGCGAGUAGAAAACCAGGCGCUCCAGGUCCCCGAUCGCAUCCAGUCACCCACCCACUCGAGCCCCGCAGCCCAGCAGGCCCAGCAGGCCGGACGCCGAGGCCUCGCGGUAACGAGCCUCCAUCCGCCCCGCCUCCUCGCCCUCCAGCCGGCCCCGCCCUCGCACUCACCCCUCCCCCGCUCCCGCCUCGCUUCCCCGACAAUCUCCUCGCGCUCCCGGCCCGGCACGCGCGCUGCGCCCGGCCGCCGCUGCCGCCGCCGCCGUCGCCGCCGCCGCGGCGGAGCGUUUCUCCGCGGUGCCUGGCUUCCAGCUUCGGGCCGGAACCGGAAGUCUGGGGGGCGGGGCCGGCGGAGGCCAGGGGACCGAAAACGCGGCCGAGCCCGGAGCCCGGAGCCGGAGCCAGAGCCUGGACCAGAACUUGGCCGCCGCUUGCACCGCUGCCGCCGCCGCCGCCCGCUGCUCCUUCCCGGCGCCGCAGCUGCCUCGGCCGCCACGGCCGUGAGCUCGGCCGUCAGUGGUCCGCGGACUUUGGGUGUCCGGGUUGAAGGUCGGUCCGGACGUCGGACCCAGCUCGGUUCCCGGACUGUCCGGGCGGCAGCGGACGCCGCCGCCUCCUCGUCGCCUCAGCCUGGCGUUUUGUUCCGAGAGACCCAAGAGGCGAGCGGAGCUGACAGUGAUUUUGACAGUGAUUUAAACCCGCUUUUGUUGUUGUUGGCUUUUCGUUGUUUGGUUUUGUGUGUUGUGCGUGUGUGUGGCGGUUUUUCCCCCGUGGUGCAUUUUUUUUUUUUAUUGUUGUGCUCUCUCUUUUUUUUUUUUUUUUUUUUUCUUCUUAACCCCGUGAACGUUUUUUUGGUCGGGGCUUCCGAAUAUGUUUUAUGACGGUUGAUUUUACACCAGGAGGUUUGUCUCCGAGGAAGACCCAGGGAACUGGAUAUCUAGCGAGAACUUCCUACGGAUUCCUCGGAGCCUCGGGAAAAUGGGAGCUGCUGCAAAGUUGGCGUUUGCCGUCUUUCUUAUCUCUUGUUCUUCAGGUGCUAUACUUGGUAGAUCAGAAACUCAGGAGUGUAUUUUCUAUAACGCUAAUUGGGAAAGAGAUAGAACCAAUCGAACUGGUGUUGAACCCUGUUAUGGUGACAAAGAUAAAAGGCGACAUUGUUUUGCUACCUGGAAGAAUAUUUCUGGUUCCAUUGAAAUAGUGAAGCAAGGUUGUUGGCUGGAUGAUAUCAACUGUUAUGACAGGACUGAUUGUAUAGAAAAAAAGGACAGCCCUGAAGUAUAUUUUUGUUGCUGUGAGGGCAAUAUGUGUAACGAAAGGUUUUCUUACUUUCCAGAGAUGGAAGUUACACAGCCUACUUCGAACCCAGUUACACCUAAGCCACCCUAUUACAACAUAUUGCUCUAUUCCUUGGUGCCACUUAUGUUAAUUGCGGGGAUUGUUAUUUGUGCGUUUUGGGUGUACAGGCAUCAUAAGAUGGCCUACCCUCCUGUACUUGUUCCAACUCAAGACCCAGGACCACCCCCACCUUCUCCGUUACUAGGUUUGAAGCCACUACAGUUAUUAGAAGUGAAAGCAAGGGGAAGAUUUGGUUGUGUUUGGAAAGCCCAGUUGCUCAAUGAAUAUGUAGCUGUGAAAAUAUUUCCAAUACAGGACAAACAGUCAUGGCAAAAUGAAUAUGAAGUUUAUAGUUUACCUGGAAUGAAACAUGAGAACAUAUUACAGUUCAUUGGUGCAGAAAAACGAGGCACCAGUGUUGAUGUGGACCUUUGGCUAAUCACAGCAUUUCAUGAAAAGGGUUCACUGUCAGACUUUCUAAAGGCUAAUGUGGUCUCUUGGAACGAAUUGUGUCAUAUUGCAGAAACCAUGGCAAGAGGAUUGGCAUACUUACAUGAGGAUAUACCUGGCCUAAAAGAUGGCCACAAACCUGCCAUAUCUCACAGGGACAUCAAAAGUAAAAAUGUGCUGUUGAAAAACAACCUGACAGCUUGCAUUGCAGACUUUGGGUUGGCAUUAAAAUUUGAGGCUGGCAAGUCUGCUGGUGAUACCCAUGGACAGGUUGGUACCCGGAGGUAUAUGGCUCCAGAGGUAUUAGAGGGUGCUAUAAACUUCCAAAGGGAUGCAUUUUUGAGGAUAGAUAUGUACGCCAUGGGAUUAGUCCUGUGGGAACUGGCUUCUCGCUGUACUGCUGCAGAUGGACCUGUAGAUGAAUACAUGUUGCCAUUUGAGGAGGAAAUUGGCCAGCAUCCAUCUCUUGAAGAUAUGCAGGAAGUUGUUGUGCAUAAAAAAAAGAGGCCUGUUUUAAGAGAUUAUUGGCAGAAACAUGCUGGAAUGGCAAUGCUCUGUGAAACGAUAGAAGAAUGUUGGGAUCACGAUGCAGAAGCCAGGUUAUCAGCUGGAUGUGUAGGUGAAAGAAUUACUCAGAUGCAAAGACUUACAAAUAUCAUUACUACAGAGGACAUUGUAACAGUGGUCACGAUGGUGACAAAUGUUGACUUUCCUCCCAAAGAAUCUAGUCUAUGAUGGUUGCACCAUGUGUACACACUGAGAAACAGGACUCUGAACUGGAGCUGCUAAGCUAACGAAACUGCUUACAGUUUAUUUUCUGUGAGAAAUGCGUAGGAUGUCUCCCGGACGUGUCAAGAUGACCCUCAUUUGAAAAUGUGGCUCUGGGAGACUUACAGCAUUGCCUGCAGCAGAGACGUGAAGGACGUGAGACUAAGAAAAGUUGCAGACUCUAAAGAAACUUUUGAAAAAGUGUACAUGAAGAACAUGGCCCUCUCCAAAUCAAGGAUCUUUUGGACCUGGCUAAUCAAGUGUUUGAAAACUGACAUUGGAUUUCUUAAUGUCUGUCAGAAGACACUAAUUCCUUAAAUGAACUACUGCUAUUUUUUUUUUUUUUAAAUCAAAAACUUUUCAUUUCAGAUUUUAAAAAGGGUAACUUGUUUUUAUUGCAUUUGCUGUUGUGUUUCUAUAAAUGACUAUUGUAAUGCCAAUAUGACACAGCUUGUGAAUGUUUAGUGUGCUGCUGUUCUGUGUACAUAAACAAAGUCAUCAAAGUGGGGUACAGUAAAGAGGCUUCCAAGCAUUACUUUAACCUCCCUCAACAAGGUAUACCUCAGUUCCACGGUUGCUAAAUUAUAAAAAUUGAAAACACUAACAAAAUUUGAAUAAUAAAUUGAUCCAUGUUUUCUAACAAGGUA